AUGGAAUCUAUCCUAUCUGCCCAUGAAAUCGGUGAAGGACUUCCCGUUUUGAUCAUUCAUGGAUGGAAGAUGGAGGCCAGAGUCGAGGAGUUGGACUUUGAGCCGAUAUUCAGCACAAUACCGGGACUUCGCCGGAUUUACGUGGACCUUCCAGGCAUGGGCACAACACCUGCAAAGAACGUCAAGGAUCUGGACGAUAUAUACCUUCGCCUGGUGCAGUUCAUUGAUUCUCGACUUGGCAAGUCAAGAUUCUUACUUGUCGGCUCAUCGUGUGGCGGCUACCUUGCACGUGCGAUAGCUCAAAAAUAUAGUAACCAAGUCGAUGGUCUCCUGUUACGCGUGCCGCUUAUAGAGCCAAAGGACAGCAUGCGCGAUCUCGAUGCUUUCAAGCCUUUGGUUGCAAAUGAGCAACUUAUGUCGGACAUGUCGGCCGAAGACAAGACACUUCUUGGCGACGUUCUUGUUCAAACGCCUGCUUACGUUAAGACUCUGAAGGCGAAAUACGACGAGGUUUACCUGCCAGCGGAGAAGAAAGCAGACAGCCAGGUGUUAGAUCCGAUCCGAGCAGAUCCACAUCGAUAUCAGUUAUCUUUUUCGGUGGACAAUGAAGGUGCCAAGUUUUUUGCACCCACGCUUAUUAUAUGUGGUCGGCAAGAUGAGAGCGUUGGCUAUCGAGACAGCCUUCGCUUGCUGGAGCUUUAUCCACGAUCAACCUAUGUUGUUCUAGACCGUGGGACGCAUGGCCUUCCUAUCGACGAGACUAGUGUUUUUGAAGCCCUUGUUCGUGACUGGAUAAAUCGGGUUAAUGAAUGGCGGGGUCGCACGGACAGAGAAGUGUAG